AUGGCGGUGGCAGCACAGACCUUGCUGGCGGCCGAGCCAGGGGCAGAGGCGCACGGACGGCUUUCGCUGCGACAGGCAAGCGUCUUAUCGCAUCCGCAAGAUGACGAUCGACCCCUCUUGAACCUCUUCUCUGGGAACGGUAGCGAGGCUAACAUCAGCGACGACGAAAACUCCGAUGAAAGCACCGACGCUGCAAGCCCGGUCGCUGGGCCGUCAAGCCGCAAAGCGGUUGCACAAGGAGCAGCAGAGUCGGAACUCGUUCCGGCGCAACGCCAGAGCAUUCUUAACCGGCGUGCAGUCGUGCGCUACUUUUCAGACGCAACCAAGACGCCCGAAGUACACGACAUCACGCCGCCCGCCGCGAGCUCUUCGUCCUCGCCUACCUCGACAUUGCCGAUCGCCCGCACCCUGGGCGCAACCGACGCACGCGGCACCCAGUACGAUGUCUUGCUGAAGCUCGACGUCAGCACCGGCUGCGGGGGGCGGAUCUGGCCUGCUGCGGAGGUGCUCGGCGCGUAUCUUGCUUCGCAUGGCCCGGACCUGCGCGAGCGCUGGCGUGGUAGGACCAUUGUCGAGCUCGGCGCCGGCACCGGGCUCGCUGGCCUGCUCGUCGCGCGUAUGGGCCUUGGCGUGCAAGGCGUGUGGAUCACGGACCAGGACGCGAUGAUGCAGCUGAUGAGGGAAAACUUAGCGCUCAACCAGACUCAGGCGCAGGCGCCGCUGCCGGAUCCGUGCCAUGUCGAAGAGCUCAACUGGGGCGAGCCGAUACCAGACACGGUGCCAUCGCAGCCGGAUGUACUGCUGCUCGCUGACUGCGUCUACCUCGAGAUAGCGUUCCAACCGCUGGUCGACACGAUGGCCGCGCUGAGCACGCCGGCGACCGAGAUUCUGUUCUGCUAUCAGAAGCGGCGCAAAGCGGACAAGCGAUUCUUUGCGCUGCUGCGCAAAAAGUUCACCUUCGACAACGUCGACGACGAUGAUCCGGUGCGCAUGGAGCGCUAUAGGCGCGAGGGCACGCAGCUGUUGCGAGUGCGGCGCAAGCAAAGCUAA